CACAUCCGCCACGACCGCCACAUCCUGCGUCUCCAUAUGUGUGAGUGUGCCCAUGCCCACCCCUUUACUCUCCGUCCCCGUCCCCGUCCCCGCUCCCUCCAGUCCCCCAGCCGGCAGAAGCGGCGCCACCUCAUCACAACCCCAUCGCCCUCGCCUUACCAACAUGAAGCUUUCAACCCCCAGACACUUCAUUCUCACCUGAAGCAAUGACUUGAGCCGCCCCUCCUGCCUCCUAACGUUUUAUCGCUUCACUCCUGCUCACACUUGAUGGCUUAUGCCACCCAACUCGCAGUGCCAGUCCCUUGCAGCCAUCUUACCGUCCAAAGUCGCCUUUCCCGACUCCCAGGCCUACGAGACCUCCGUGUCCUCCUACUGGGCCCGGCCAGAACAGGAGCUCUCCCCCGCCUGCAUCGUAGUCGCCACCGAGGCCGAAGACGUCUCCAUCGCCCUGAGCAUCAUCGUCCCCGGCGCAUGCAAGUUCGCCGUCCGUAGCGGCGGCCAUGGCUCUGCCCCUGCCGUUGCGAACAUCGAGGACGGCGUCACCCUGGACCUGAGCGGCAUCGCCUUCACAACGCCCAACGAAGACGGCUCUCAGGUCGCCAUCGGUCCCGGCCAGGAGUGGUCCAACGUGUACGGCAUUCUUGCUCCUUUCGGUGUCUCCGUCCCCGGGACCCGUGCCGGUGGUGUCGGUGUCGCGGGAUCGACCUUGGGUGGCGGACUGGGCUUUGUCGCCCCAAGCGCAGGCUUCGCAGCCGACAACGUCGCCUCGUUCCAAGUCGUGCUAGCCAACGCCAGCAUCGUCACCGCCUCCCCGCACGAGAACGCGGACCUCUUCAAGGCCCUCAAGGGCGGCGGCAGCAACCUGGGCAUCGUCACCAAGUUCGUCUUCGACACCGUGCCCCUCGGCCAGGUCUGGGGCGGCGACUCGGUGUAUCCCAGCAGCUCGCUCAAGGGCGCCGUCAAGGCCUUCUCCGACUUUGUCGGGAGCCCGCACUACGACGACAAGGCCCAGACCCUCAUGACCUUCUUCUUCAUGCCCGAGUUCGGACCCCAGAUCGUGAACCAGCAGAUCUACGCCGCCCCGGUGCCGGACCCGGCCGCCUUUGCCGGCUUCGGCGCCAUUGCGGGCCAGCUCUUCAACGACACGGCCAUCACCACCGUCCACGCGCUUUCCGUCGGCGCGCAGGCUCGGUCGCCGGACGGCUUGCAACAACUCAACUUCGCCCUCACCCUCCGCAACAAGGCCGAGGCCAUCGAGGACAUCUGGCCCAUCUUCGAAAACACCUUCCCCACCAUCUCGAGCGUCCAGGGCAUCUCGUGGGCCCUGACCCUCGUCUCCAUCCCCCAGACCCUGGGCGAAAAGUCCGCCGCCAGGGGAGGCAACAUCCUCGGCCUCGACAUCCCCCCCGAGGGCCUCGUCCUCGCCUUGCUGUCCGGCACCUUUGAGCGCGCGGCCGACUACCCGGCCAUGAGCCAUGUCGCGAAGGAUCUUCUAGCUGCGCUCAUCGCGAAGGCGAAGCACCACGGGGCAUACCAUCCGUUCAUUGACCUGAACCAUGCCGGUCCGACACAGCACGUCUUUCACGGGUAUGGACAUGACAACCACAAGUUCCUGAAGGCUACGGCCAAGGCUUAUGACCCAGCCGGUGUCUUCCAGAAGCUGAUGCCUGGUGGGUUUAAAUUAUAAUGAGCACAGUAAAAAGUGUAUAUAUAGUAGCAAAGCAGGCCUGCAACUACAUACCAAUUUGAUGUUAAUAGAAUACGAGCCAGCCACACUCACAUCACGUACAUGUGGCGAUCAGAGACUCCGAUACGUAAACGAAGGAAGUUGAGGCCAUCAUUUUUGUUCAUAUAUUCGUUUUCCUAGUGUACAUGUAGGCUCAGUUGUAUCU